AUGGCAAGUCUCUUCUCUUCACCUCUCAGCUCUCGUUCUCUCUCUCUCCUCAUCAAUCUCUUCUUCAGCUUCCUCAUCUUUCUCCAUUUCUCUUCACAAGACUCUCCUCAUCCCAAAUCCAUCAGAAAACUAAAUUCUCUCGCCGGCGGAGACAGUGACAGCUGCAGCGGAGGACUCGCCGCCCUCGACGACCACUUUUCCAAGUGUUCUUACGUAAGAUCUCAAUCAAAAUGUGGAUCGCAAGGUUACAUAGACUAUCUCAAGAUUUUCUUCUGCAUCUUCGGUCAAUCCCCUGUUUUGGGUCAUCUAGUUUUAUCCAUCUGGUUGUUUGUUCUGUUCUACUUGCUCGGAGACACGGCCGCUAGUUACUUCUGUCCUUCUUUAGACAGCUUGUCUAAGGUUUUGAAGCUCUCUCCAACAAUGGCUGGAGUCACGCUUCUCUCUCUCGGAAACGGUGCACCUGAUUUGUUCUCGAGUAUCGUCUCCUUCACGAGGUCAAACAACGGCGAUUUCGGGCUCAACUCUGUUUUAGGCGGUGCCUUCUUCGUCUCAAGCUUCGUUGUCGGGACAAUUUGUAUGUUGAUUGGAUCUAGAGAUGUCUCUAUUGACAGAAACAGCUUUAUCCGCGACGUGGUCUUUCUUCUUGUCGCUCUUUGCUGUCUCGGUUUAAUCAUUUCUGUUGGAAGAGUAUCCAUCUGGUUCGCUCUUUGUUACCUCUCCAUUUAUCUCCUCUACGUAGGGUUCUUAUCGGUUUCACUUUUCUUAGAACGCAAGAAACGUAUAUCCAAUCAGAUUCUUCGUGGCAGAGAGGACUUAGCCGAGAUGGGCGUCCCACUUCUAGGCUACGUAGGUGACGAGAAACCGCCAGAGAAACCAGCUCAAGAGCAAGAAAUCAAGAUCUUGAUUCUCGAUACACCAAAAAGGAAACCGUCUUGCUUCUCCGUGCUAAUGAGCAUCGUAGGACUACCUCUAUAUCUCCCCCGGCGGCUCACAAUCCCCGUCGUACGCGAAGAAAAGUGGUCAAGGCCUUGCGCAGUUGUCUCCACAGCCAUCGCGCCUGUUCUACUAACCGAGCUUUAUUGUUCUCACUACAGUGGGUCCAGUAGAAACCUAAUCUUCUACGUAGUAUCAGGAUCGAUUGGGCUAAUCCUCGGGAUCUUAGCGUACUUGACGACAGAAAAAUCUCAUCCGCCGAAGAAGUUCUCUUUAGUUUGGCUUCUUGGAGGCUUCACAAUGAGUGUGACAUGGACUUACAUCAUAGCACAAGAGCUUGUCUCGUUGUUAAUAUCAUUAGGCAAUAUCUUUGGGAUUAGCCCGUCCGUGCUAGGACUAACCGUCCUAGCUUGGGGCAAUUCUCUUGGCGAUUUAAUCGCCAAUGUGACCGUGGCGUUUCACGGAGGCAACGACGGUGCGCAGAUAGCACUUUCCGGGUGCUACGCGGGUCCACUAUUCAACACGGUGAUAGGACUAGGUGUGCCACUUGUCAUCUCAUCGUUGGCUGAAUAUCCUGGGGUCUACAUCAUUCCAAGUGACAAUUCGUUACUUGAGACACUAGGGUUCUUAAUGGUAGGCUUGCUUUGGGCACUUGUGAUAAUGCCAAAGAAGAAGAUGAGACUUGAUAGGCUUGUUGGUGGUGGCUUACUUGCUAUUUACCUCUGCUUCUUGUCCUUGAGAAUGGCUAGGGUUUUCGGACUCCUUGAUAUCGACCGACCGGUGGUGAAUUUAUAA